AUGCCUAUGCUAUGGCAGCGUUGUUUGCGCCAAAUUCAGGCCGAUCCCGAACAGGCAGCAGAAUGGAAAGCUCGCGUCGAACUGGCUCUCAUUGAAUCAGCUCAAAUUGAAACCCCCCCUGGCAUCCGGCGCAAGUACUCAAGUCUCCGCAAUACCGGGGCGCGCCUUGGGGAGAACAUUCGAUCGAGCAAGACAUUGAACCGUCACGAAUCUAUGGUACUAAAGCCCACUGUGGGCUUGAACGCCACGGCCGCUCAAGCUCUUCAAGACCUGGGCGGCACAGACCAACGUAUCCUCGGUCUCGUACCCCCUGACAAUGCCCAAGCCGAAGCAGAGAACAGCGACAACGAGGCUACACCCGCCGUGACGGGAUAUCUCACCGAGCGUGAGAAGCGCCAGUACGAGGACACGGUUGAGGAUUUCCUUGAGCGGUUUCGGCAGGAGAUGGCGGAUCGUCUGCAGAGCGAUAAGAUUCUGGCCGCUGGGAGGCGUCUGGACAGGGCGGUGGAACAUGUCGAACGCUUGCUUGGCACCAAAUUGCUUCGAGGCAACUUGAAGCGGCCCGAGGACUCGCGCAAGCUGUCAAGGACCAGAGGCGGCGCGGACGCAUAUAGCGAACUUAAGGCAGCUCAGUCCGCCCUCGCAUCCUUACGGAACAGCGCCGAGAAGAGUGCUCGGAUAUUUCUACGCAACGACAUGAAGAUAGAGUAUCCGAGCCCCGAGAGUCGAGCCCAAACAACGCUGGAGCGUAAGGGCCGUGAGGAAGUCUUGAAGCACCCUUCUGCAGCUCUGGAGGUUGCAGCAAGACGAACUGUGCUUGCUGGCGACCUGGACAUGCCCGCCACGGCCUCUGGCGAGAUGUCUUUGCAAAGUUUGUUUGGAGAGGAGUUUUCUGGCGAGCGGGAAAUUCCUGAGGUUCCCAAGGAAGAAAACGUUACUGGGAUGGAUCCUUCAUAUAUGUGCAUGUGCCACGCUCGGUGCGCCUGA